CAGUUUUACCCAAAUCGAAGUAUGUAUCCUAGAGGAUCUUUCCAUCUUGUCGCUAUCAACACUUUAUGUCAUGCGAUCUAGCUACUCCUCGGACUUGUGAUCCGACCUUCCCGCGCGCCUAGGUUUCCGAGGACCGCCUGUCUCCUCGGUCCUCUGGUUGGACCGAAUAUCUUGGGUCGGACCAACUAACUCCUCCUUUUGGGCCUCAAGGCCCAAACCUACUCAACUAUGUAGCCCAACACUAACCAAAGAUUGUCAGUAAUAAUUCUAUUGAUUCAUAGUAGUGAUUUUACGAAUUUUAGUAGUGAUUCUAUUGUCGGAGGGUUAGUGUUUUUUGACACUUUUUUUUUUAAGUAUGGUUAUAGUGUUAGCUGCAAUCAAUUAGAACAUUUCUUUUUAAUGACUUUUUCAUUUAAAUAAGUUGACCAUAAUUAAUGAAGGGGAAGAGAGUGGAAGUGCUAUCUUGGUAUUAUGAAAAAUUGUGUGAAGGGAGAUUUCGUGAUUAAGUGGGAAAGUGGUGGAGGACCACAAAAUCCACACCACAAAUUUAUUAGAGUAGACCACAAAUUUUGUAGAGUAGUCGAGAAGUUUCUUAACAGUGAACUUAUUUGUAAAAUUUAAAAAGUUAUGGUAUCUGUUUAAGUCUAACAGAGAGUAGAAGUGAGACUCGGGUAAAAAGAGGGUGCGAGAAGAGUGAGCAAUCGGAUUAGUCUCUUUAUUCCUUGUGAUUUCGGGGUUAUGGGUAAGCAAUAAUUGGGAAGAGGUGAUUCUUAGAGAGAGAAAUUAGUAAUUAUAGAAUGAGAGAGUAAAAAAACCGAUCCCCUUCCUCACCGGAGUAAAUGUCGUAUUUAUAGGCUACAUUGUGGUGGGUGGAUAAUUAAUAUGACAUGACUAAUGAGACUGACAGAAAUUUAGAUUAUGAUUACAUCUAGAGUUAAGAUGUGACCAUUCUCCAGGAGAAACGGUGUCGUUUCAUGGUUUCUUCAACUGGCUUGAGUUGAGCAAAACGACGCCUUCUAGCGCCUUGACUGACUGUUUCCCAGAGGAAAUGGUGUCGUUCUUCUUGAUUUCUUCAUCCAGCCUGAGUCGGGCAAAACGACGUCGUCUAGCACCUUGACUGUUCCCCAGGGGAAACAGUGUCGCUUCUUGGUUUCUUCAUCCGGCGUGAGUCGAGCAAAACCAUGUCGUCUCGUGCCUUGACGUGCGUGAACCCUCUCGUACACGUGGAGACUCUUUUUGCGGGUAGAAUACAUCCGCGAGCUGGUUACUUUUGUGAGCGUGGUAGUUUGACCGCGGGCGUUCCUUGUGGGUGGUAUUGAACUAGCUUGCUGGCGCGAUUAGACCCGAGUCGUACCCCCAAUAUCCAAAUGUAAGAGAGAGAAAAAUUAGGUACUAAAUAUAAUUCUCCUUCCAAUUGGUUUUCUCCAUUGGUUUUCUCCAUUGCCUAUAAACCUCAAGCGGCGACAUUAUAAAUCUCAAAAUAAUGACCAACUAAGAUUGAAAACAAUGGGCGUGAAAAAGAAACUCCGCAAGGGUAACGGACCAACGGAGGAUCCACAGCUAAUCGCCGCCGACGAUCGUAUCUCAUCACUGCCCAACGAAAUCAUAUACAACAUACUUAGCCGCCUCGACGCUCCGAAACAAGCGGUCUUCACCAGCGCGCUGUCCCGAACAUGGCUCGAUCUAUGGCGAUCUUACCCAGUUGUGGAGUUUCGCCAAAAAAAGUUCUGCUGCGGCGCCGCAGGGGAUAAAAAUUUAUCCCGAUUCGCCGCCUCGGCCCGGAGGUUUUGGAAGCGCAGGUCGCCGUUGGUUGCGUUCCGGUUAUCGCUGCCCGGAAUUAGCCGAUUCGACAUCGUCGACAGGUUGAUUGCGUCCGCGUUGCGACCCGAUGGCGGAUCGCCGCUCGAGGUCGUGAUCAGCACGGACACCUCUUACUCGAUCCCCGAGGGAUCGUUCUCCAACUGCAGCCGCACUAAAGUUCUCAAGCUUCAAGGUUGCGACUUGAAUGGGCUGGGACGAACAAUUUCUCUGCACAGUCUUCAGGUUCUUGAUCUCAGAUGUGGCCGAAUUACUGAACAAUUGCUCUACCAGCUCGUGGGUAAUGCUCCUAAUCUCGAGUCAUUGAGUUUGGAAAAAUGUUUUGGAAUUGAAAGACUGGAUGUCUCCGCUAGCUAUUUCCCCAAAUUGAAAACCCUUGAGAUUCAUACGGGAGGAUGUUGGUCUGGGUGGGAUUCAGGGUUUGAUCUCCAGCUUACUGCGGCCCCUAUCCUAGAGAGGUUAGUUGUCGUCGAGUUAUUGCAGCCAUGUAAGCUGAGAACAGUAUCCUCGUCUUCAGCUCCAAAUCUCAAAUUCGUAAGAAUCAGGGGCUACUGCAGAGGAGAAAUCGCCCGGCCCGAUCUCGAUGUCUUCAUUAACCAGUUGCCAUCUCUUCAGGUUCUGGAAAUCCAUCCCAUUGUGGUGGGAUAUGACACCCAGAUGGAAAUCAAUCUUACUUCAGCAGCUUGCCUCAAGGCUUUAUCGUUUGGACAUUAUAAAACGACAUGCAAGCUGAAUGUAGAAUCACCAUUUGCAGCUCCCAAUCUCAAGGAUUUGGAGAUUGGGAUCACCAUCGAUGGAUUUACACAGAGCCAUCUUGAUGGUCUGCUUUACAAGUUGCCAUGCCUUGAGUCUCUUUCCUUGAAUCUCAUAGAUGGUAGCAGCUGUGAAACGAGCAAGAUAAAGCUUCGAAGUGAUCGAAUACGGAAAUUUCAGUUGUAUGACUGGGACUACAACAACAAGGGAGAGAUCCUGCAGGAGCUUGAAAUUGAUGCUCCUAAUUUGGUUAAUGUCCUCUACUUUGGAAGUAUAAUGAGGUUUCCAGGGGAGAUUGAUAUUGUGAAUGUGGGUUCUGAUUGCCAAUUUGUAGUUGAGGAGUUUUGCCCCCUUGGCAUUACAACACAAUGGUUUCUGGAAUUGAGGCAAUCUCUUUCAACAUUGAGUUCUUUCCACCUGGUUAUGGUGCUGGACCGCCUAGAUUUGUCACAACAGGUCUCAUUCGAUUUGGAUCAAGUUGAAUGUUCUUCCCCUCCUCUAAUCAUUCAAUCCUUGCAACUUGGAACCACAUCGGAGGCUUCCCCAAACAAUCAGAAUGAUAACCCUCUUGCGAUUAUUCGAGAUUCAUAUACAUUAUCAUUGGAACUGCCUUAUGUACAAAAUAGUGUCACUUUCCUUGAUGGUUUAUUUUUGGCGUGCCGGCCAAAACUCAUUUCCAUAGCUCAAGACUCUGAUGCAAAUCGUUGGUUUGCCAAGGUCAUGUGCAAGCAACUUACGAAUAAAGACGAUGCAAACUGUUGUGUUGGUGCUAAGUGUUGGCGACAUGAACUAAGAGAUGUGAAAAUAGAAAAUGCAAGUCAUGUCGCUAGGAAGAUUUCCAAGAAUGAUAUGGUUGGGAAUGCUACGAUUUGUUUUAUAUUAACAUGGUGGUAGGAGAGAAGAGAAGGGGAGAUAAAGGCAAGUUAGAGACAAAUUGAAGUGUGAAUAGAGAAAAAUAAAUAAGGUUUUUUUGGCUUUAAACAUUUUUACCUCAUAAUUUAUAUCUACAUUUUAUUUACUUUGUUAAAAUAUUGAAUCAAUAAACCACUUUGUUCAAAAACCUCGGACACCAAAGUCGGAGGUCUCCCACCACAAGGAGCAGUCGCAUCAGUAGGGACACCUCGUCCGCCAUGUUCACCACGAGGAGCCGGAGGUCAUGCCCUACAAAAACAAUUACACAAAUUGAAAUCAAUUAAAAAAAUCAUC